GUUCCCAGCCCGGCCCUGGUGGAAAUAACGGGCCCCGGGGCGGCUGUGGGUUUUGGGAGCGCGACUUUGGGCGAGUCUCACGUCUACUGUGCGCCUGUGUCCUCACCCGCCAUAGAGGGUGGUGGUGGCUUCUCAGACAGGGUUACGGAGCGGCCUGCAGCCUGGGUCCCGAGAGCUGGGAGGUAAAUGUGCUCACGCUCAGUGAGCAGCGUGAGCUGGACACGUCCUCCUGCCCGUCUUCUCUGGCCAGCCCUCAGCGGCUCCCUCCCAGCCCCUGGUCUGAGGAUUUCUCCUGGGCUUAGGGGACCUUGGGGUUCAAAUUGUUUGGCAGUGGCCCCCGGACCCAGCCCUCCUGCUUCAGGAAGUUUAAUGUCCCAUAGAGCUGGUUUGCAGUACUGUUCCUUGCCAGCAGGUGCUGCUGCCGUCAGGUUCUGGAAUUGCUGAUGAUUGUGUUUUGAGGUCCGUGAACUGGUCUGUUCCCAGCGUUGAGAAGGGGGAGGUUUCGGAUCAGAUGAGGCUUGUUUUGCCUGUGGAGCCCAUAUCCCACGCCACCAGCUGCCAGCAGUGACUGGUCUCACCCACCAGCUCCAGGCCCCAUGUAGGGUGGUACCUGACUUGAGUGGUGGAUUCCAGUGCUCCUUCCAGGCCAUCUCCUCCCUGGGAGGGGAAGCAAGGCCGUGAGUCCCGGGCAGGUGGAGGACCCCCAGUGGAAGUGGGCCAGCUCCCCCAGAGUUGGGGGUAAGGCCCGGGGGUGGCAGAGCCUAGCGUGCUCCAGCCUGCCUCUGCUGUGUGGGACAGGUGCUGCCUGGCAACUCUGGACCGUUUCCCAAAGCCCUGGAUGAGAGCGUGGCUGUGCGGAGUCAGAGCUGGUCCCCUCCCGCCCCUGAUGUGGGAGCAGUGUCCUCGGGCACAGGUGGCAGAUUUCUCCAGCCAGGUGAACUCCUCGUCCCUUGGCUCCCCGACAGGCCGUGGGCCCAUGGCUGCCCCCUCCCUGCACCCCUCGCUGGGACCUGGCCUCGGCUCGGCGCUUGGCUCCCCGGGGCAGCUGCACUCGCCCAUCAGCACGCUCAGCUCCCCCAUCAACGGCAUGGGCCCGCCCUUCUCAGUCAUCAGCUCCCCCCUGGGCCCCCACUCCAUGUCCGUGCCCACCACACCCACCCUGGGCUUUGGCACUGGCAGCCCUCAGCUCGGCUCGCCCCUGAACCCCGUCAGCAGCAGUGAGGACAUCAAGCCUCCGCUGGGCCUCAACGGCGUCCUCAAGGUGCCCGCCCACCCCUCGGGCAGCAUGGCGUCCUUCACCAAGCACAUCUGCGCCAUCUGCGGGGACCGCUCCUCAGGCAAGCACUACGGCGUGUACAGCUGCGAGGGCUGCAAGGGCUUCUUCAAGCGGACGGUGCGCAAGGACCUGACCUACACCUGCCGCGACAGCAAGGACUGCCUGAUUGACAAGCGGCAGCGCAACCGCUGCCAGUACUGCCGCUACCAGAAGUGCCUGGCCAUGGGCAUGAAGCGGGAAGCCGUGCAGGAGGAGCGGCAGCGGGGCAAGGACCGGAACGAGAACGAGGUGGAGUCCACGAGCAGCGCCAACGAGGACAUGCCCGUGGAGAAGGUCCUGGAGGCCGAGCUGGCCGUCGAGCCUAAGACGGAGACCUACGUGGAGGCAAACAUGGGGCUGAACCCCAGCUCGCCGAACGACCCCGUCACCAACAUUUGCCAAGCGGCGGACAAGCAGCUCUUCACGCUGGUGGAGUGGGCCAAGCGGAUCCCGCACUUCUCCGAGCUGCCCCUGGACGACCAGGUCAUUCUGCUGCGGGCAGGCUGGAACGAGCUGCUCAUCGCCUCCUUCUCCCAUCGGUCCAUAGCCGUGAAGGAUGGCAUCCUGCUCGCCACCGGCCUGCAUGUCCACCGCAAUAGUGCCCACAGCGCAGGAGUGGGUGCCAUCUUUGACAGGGUGCUGACGGAGCUUGUGUCCAAGAUGCGGGACAUGCAGAUGGACAAGACGGAGCUGGGUUGCCUGCGCGCCAUCGUGCUCUUCAACCCCGACUCCAAGGGGCUCUCCAACCCGGCCGAGGUGGAGGCGCUGCGGGAGAAGGUCUAUGCGUCCCUGGAGGCUUACUGCAAACACAAGUACCCCGAGCAGCCAGGGAGGUUCGCCAAGCUCCUGCUGCGCCUGCCGGCCCUGCGCUCCAUCGGCCUCAAGUGCCUGGAGCACCUCUUCUUCUUCAAGCUCAUCGGGGACACGCCCAUCGACACCUUCCUGAUGGAGAUGCUGGAGGCCCCGCACCAGCUGACCUAGACUCGCGGCCCGUCCUCGCCGGCCGCCCGCUGCCCCUCCGGCCAGCCCCGGGCCUGCCCCUUCCCUGCGUGGCCUGUUGGGACCUGCGGGCUCGGCCUGGCACUGCUCUGCCUGGGUCAUUCUUGUCAUUGUGUCACUACUUGGCUUUGACUGAACAGUGGCUUUCCCAGCUGACAGCACGAGUGGCGAGAACUGGGGCGAGACCCCGCCAGGCCCGAGUCUGGGGCCUCCUGGGCCCCUGGAACCCGAGGAGGUAGCAGGGCAGGCUUGUUUGGGGGUGCCGUUCGCUAUUGCUGGGUUUGGAAAUCUCCUGCUGGGAGGGGCCCCUCUGCCUCCUUGGUGUGGGGGUUGUCGGCCCUGCUCGGGGUCGGCAGGAGGAGCCGGGCAGGGUAGGCUGGUGCUUCACUGCAAAAGACCCCAGCCCCCCAGGAAGGCCAGAGGGGCCUCUGGGGCAGGCCUGCUGCCCCUGGUUUGGAGAGGUGCGUGAGUGGUCCUUUUCCAGAGAUAACUGGCGGUCUAGCCCCCGAGCCAGUCAGAACACGAGCUGACCUCGGUGUGCGGGAACGCUGGGGCCGCUCUAAGGCGGCAGGGACUGGCCGUGCCCACCCGCCCCUCCUUGGCGUUGUCCUCGUUUUAGCUUCCACCCAUGAUCCCACUCAACCCAUGGUAAGCAGACCGCAGACCCCUGCCUUUCACCAUCCCCUGAAUCUUUCAGUCUGCAAGGUGGGCCCAGGCUAGCCCCUGGUUCCUCGAGGGUAGCCCAGUCUCAGGCAGGGCCAGGUGUCACCGCUUCAGUGGCCUUCCCAGGAGGCUACGGACUGUUCUGGAAGCGGCCCCGCCGACCUCUCCGAAUGCCACCAGCGCAGCUCAGCCACCUUCUCAGCAUCCUGGGGGCUUGCAGGGACGGGCAGGAGCAGGGUUGCCGGUCGGUUUUCCCUGGAAGGUUUUCAGGCAGCAAGGACAUUUGGGGGAAGGGAGGGGGGCCAGAGCGACUUGUGGGAGCACAGCCCCAUGGGGUUGGGGGGCAGCUGGAGGGAGGGUCCAGCAGGCCGAGUCCUGAGGCAGCUGCUCAGCCACUCUGCCCAGCCACGGGGCUCCAUCAUGGGACCCCUCUUGGGCCCCCUUCUCUGUGUCCCAGCACCCUCAGGCCUGAGCUGGAUGGGCCCCUGGUCACCGGCCUGCGGGCCUGCAGCUGUGGUUGGUUGAGUGCAGCUUUGUCCACCCCACACCUCACCUGGGAGCCCCUGGGCCUCUGCUCUGGUUGAGGACUCGGGGCUCAGGCCCCCCUACCCACUCGGCCUCCUCAGCCGAGUGCCCAGCCAGCCUGGAAUCCCCCAUGGCAUCUGGGACCCAGCCCAGGUGGGGCUCCCUGACUCCUGGGGGGCUCUCAGGGUGAGCGGACCUCUUUUGCACUGUAACUUCCACAUUUGGGUCUCAGACCCCAUGAGCCCAGCAUCUUCUGGCCAUGGUGGAGGCUCGAGGGGUCCGGCUUUCUCAGCCGGGAGGGGAUGCCCUGUGGCAGCUGGCUUUGCUUGCCAGCCUUCCCCACCCUGCCCGUUGGUCGUCCUGCUUUCCUGGAACAGAGCUGCAACUGCUGCCCGCCAGGUCUGCUCCCCAUCUGCUCCCCAUCUGGUAGAGAGAGCUUCCUGGGGCUCCAAGGGGCUGGGUGGGGCAAGGGGCAGGCUUCCAGGUCUCCGUGGGAGAAGACAGUGUCCGUUCUUUGCCCCCCAGGAGGCCGUGGCCGAGCCAAGUGUGAGGUACCCGGGUGGAGGCUGUGGCGAGUCUGGCUUGAAUGCAAGUCCAUAAAGAUUCCAAAAACAUCUCCUUCCGCCCCGUGCAGCCUGGGAGCUGCCCUGUAACGUGGUGGCUUUGGGGCCCAGUGAGAGCAGGCGCCUGGGGUAGGGUCUCCUGCCGCAGGGGCUCGCACACAUUCUGGGCCCCCCACCCGCGGAUAAGAUGGACUCACAGGGCCCCCCAUCUCUACCCCCAGACUCCCCCAGAAAGCCUGGCAGCCUUGGGGGGCACGGUCGUGACUGGAGACCCCUUUGGGGUCCUCCCACUUGUGGGGGAAGUUAGAAAGUCCCCCAUACCCAAGAGCCCUCGGUGCCUUCUGCAGCCAAACCCGCGCCUCGGUCCCAGGCCGGCCCCCACCCGUGGCCGCCCAGUGUCUGCCUCGGCCGUGCAUCCAGUGCAGGAAACAAACCCAGGGGCAGGGGCCCGAAUGCCGGGGUCGGCUUCCUCCAAGAGCUUGGCCGCUGCGGGCCGGGACUGGCCGGGCGUUAAGCCCUGAGCCUCACUGACCGCCCAUCCCUCACCCCUCGGGCCACACCGGUGCCCGCCAAGCCUUAACCGCCAGGCGACUCGACCAUGGACAUCUCUGCGACGGCCUUCCUCUUCUCCCUCCGUCUCGUUGGAAAUGCAAUGGUGUCCGUCUGGAGGGAAACACAGCAGAGAGGCACGUUGCUCAGUAGGAGCAGGACUUUUAUUUAACCAGACCUUUAGGAUUCUUACCAAUCUGGUUCAAUUGAGGUGAUUUUUUUUUGUAAUUAUUAUUAUUAUUAUUAUAUUAUUUUGGUGGGAGAAUCUUUAAUUUUCUAAAGAUAGCACUAACAUCAGCUCAUCAGCCACCUGCGCCCAGCCCCACCUGGGCCCGGCUGCACGACGCAGGCCUCGAGGGCCCCCUGCCCCGGAUCUGCUGGUGCCUCUGGAACGUUCCAGCCGCGUCACCUCCUGCUUUGAUGCUCAGAUGGUGUCCCUUGCAUGGGGGAGAGAAGAUGACCAUGACUGGGUGUUUAGAAGGCUGUGUCAGCAAACCCCGGCCCCUGCACCUCCACGUCAGGUAUUUUCCAUGGAAGCUGGCGUGCCGGUGGCCGUCCCACCGCAGAGACGCCGUGUCAGCCAACUGGCCCCCGUCACCCUGGGCACGGCCAGCAUGCCCUGGAAGCACGCUGUUUCCAGGAGGGGUGGGGAGACUGCCACCGCCCUCGGUUUUCCAAGUCAUGCGUUCAUGACGGGUUCCAUGCUAGCGGCUGCAGCAGAGUGCUGGGAACACCGCCGGGGCCGUCCACCGUGGAGGCCCCAGGAGCGCCGCGGCCACGCAGCCAGUGGGCAACCACUGACGGCCCCAUCGCGCAGCUGGGGCUCUGCCCAGGCAGGUGUGUGGCGUGAACACAUGUGCCGCGUGGAGCCUGUACAUAGAACUGCACGCCACCCAUGCCCAGCAUCCGUGUAGCGGCUACCAAUGUCUCGUGUUUAUUUUUAAUCAAGACUUUUUUUUUCCUAUUUUCCUAUACAUUUGCUUCGUGUAAGCAAGUACCUAAGGACCCCUCCUUUGGUGAAAUCCGGGUUCGAAUGAAUAUCUCCAGGCAGGAGAUGCAUCUAUUUUAAGAUGCUUUGGAGCAAACAGCUUUAGCAGUUCCCAAUCUUCAGCAAAGCCUUAGCCGGGACAGAUCGCUAACACUUUAGAGAGGAUGACAAAUGUGCAAAGAGAGUAAAGAUAAGAAAAAAAAUGUCUAAAGCAUCGGGAAAGGUAAAAAAAAAAAAAAAAAUCUAUUUUUGUACAAAUGUAAUUUUAUCUCUCCUGUGUACUUGGAUG